AUCUAUCUUUCCGGAAUAAGAUGGCGGCAAGAAUUGCACUGAGGACUAGCUGUAGAGGAGCCGGGCGUUUGCUCUGUGUUCACCAGAUAAGACUGUAUAGUAACUUUUGUUUGCUAAAGCAAAAAUACAUUUCUGAGUUUGAGAAGACUUUAUGGAGGUAUCAACAACAGCAUCGAUCAUUUAGAACAACUGCUGCUUCACAUGGCCAGAUUGUUCAGUUCAAGCUCUCUGAUAUUGGAGAAGGGAUCACGGAAGUGACAGUGAAAGAGUGGUAUGUAAAAGAAGGUGAUGUUGUGUCGCAGUUUGAUAGCAUCUGUGAAGUACAAAGUGAUAAAGCCUCAGUCACAAUCACCAGCCGUUAUGAUGGCAUCAUUAGAAAACUCCAUUAUGGGUUAGAUGAAAUUGCCCAUGUGGGAAAACCCCUGGUGGAUAUAGAAACGGCUACUUCAAAAGCUGUAACUCCUGAAGAAGAUGUGGUUGAAACGCCUGCUGUGUCACGUGAAGAGCAGAUCCACCAGCAGAUCAAAGGCCAUAAGACCUUAGUAACCCCUGCUGUUCGCCGCCUUGCUAUGGAAAACAAUAUUAAGCUGAGUGAAGUUGUCGGAACAGGGAAAGAUAACCGUAUUCUCAAAGAAGACAUUCUUAACUACUUAGCCAAGCAGACUGGAGCGAUUUUACCUCUGUCCCCAAAGCCUGAGAUCAUCUCACCUUCAUCAAAAACAGAUCAUGCUGCAGACAUGUCAAGGGAGAAGGCCGCACGAACUCUAAUUCCUCUUUCUAAACCUAUAAUUUCAAGGAAAGAUGAGACAGUGGCCUUAUCUGGAUUUCAGAAGGCAAUGGUGAAAACUAUGGUUGCUGCUUUAAAAAUUCCUCAUUUCGGUUAUUGUGAUGAGGUUGACCUCACUCAGCUUAUCCAGCUGAGAGAAAAGUUGAAACCUUUAGCACAAGAACGGGGAAUUAACCUCACUUUUAUGCCUUUCUUUUUAAAGGCUGCUUCUCUAGCCUUAUUACAUUACCCCAUUCUUAAUGCUUCCGUGGAUGAAAACUGCCAAAACAUCACAUACAAGGUGUCUCACAAUAUUGGAAUUGCCAUGGACACUGGACAAGGCUUGCUUGUCCCUAAUGUGAAAAACAUCCAGGCUUGCAGUGUGUUUGAGGUUGCUUCAGAAUUAAAUCGUCUACAAAAGUUGGGCUCAGCUAACCAGUUGGGAACAAAUGACCUCACAGGGGGAACAUUCACACUUUCCAACAUCGGCACAAUUGGUGGCACUUAUGCAAAACCAGUGAUCCUACCUCCUGAAGUAGCUAUUGGCGCUCUUGGAAAAAUACAGGCCCUUCCUCGAUUUAACAGUAAAGGUGAGGUGUUUAAGGCACAAAUAAUGAAUGUGAGCUGGUCAGCUGAUCACAGAAUCAUUGAUGGUGCAACCAUGUCUCGUUUUUCUAACUUGUGGAAAUCCUACUUGGAGAAUCCUGCUUCCAUGCUGAUGGAUCUUAAGUAAAGAAGACUGGAUGGCUUACUUUAAUUCUGAAACUGCAAUCAGGCUAGUUAAGCUAGCAAGUGCCAUUAAAACUGACUUCAUACUUCAGAACUGCAUUGUGUUUGUUAGAUCUUUCAGAUCUCUGCUCUGUAUCUUGAUUAUCUGUUACAUUUUUGUCUAGUUGAAUUGCUUAGUGGUAAAUUACUUGGGUAGAGGCUGUAAUAGGUCAUAGUAUGACUCAUGACAAGGUGGCAGAAACUUAUAGUGACAAAACAUGCUAUAUUCUACUGUUACGGUAUUAUCAGAUGGAAGCUGCUAAUAAUACUUGUGGGAUUCUUAUCUGAAACUGCUUACACUGUUCACAAAAUAAAUUAUGAGCUGAUUAGAAAUGAGAGUACCUGGAUGAAAACAUUAACAGAAUGUUAACUAUUCCUUAUGCAAUUAAUGCACUACAGAUAACGUUCAAAUAAAAUGCUUUUAAUGCUUAUUUUAUUAAAGAUAGAGAGGUUCCCUUUCUUGGCAUAUGGUGCUAACUGUUCUCUUUUUAAAAUAUCCUUUCUGCCUUAAGUUUUGUAGCAGACAUUCUUCAUUACUGAAAUGAAUAUGUACUGUACAUACAGUGAGAAUGACAAGCCCAGCACCACGGAUGUGUGUUUUUCAAAUGUGGGGGUGGCUUUUACUGCAUACAAAUAACACUGGGCAUACACAAGAUCCAGGCAUGCAUUAAGCAUUUCUGUAAUGUACGAAGUUGCUCUCAGUUAAUGUGGAGAUCUUUGAAAUAUCUAACAGCAGUUUGUAAACCAGUGUUUUUCAAACUUGGCAACUUUAAGAAGUGUGGACUUCAAUUCCCAGCUGGCUGGGGAAUUCUGGGAGUUGAACUCCACACAUCUUAAAGUUGCCAAGCUUGAAAAACACUAUUGUAAACCCAUCAGUCUCAUAGACAAAGUUUUGCUAUGGAGCCAUAAAUGAAUAGCUUUUUAGCUAUAAAACAGAUGCUUUAAAGAAGGUACAAUAUUUCUGAAGUAUAUCAAGAGAUUAUUUAGAUUUAGACAACUCCUAGCCCUGGGUCCUGCAAUGUAAUGGGCAAGUCUUCCAUAUGCAGUGUAUGUAUGACAGGGUUUACUAAGAAAUAGUUUGCACAGUGUUUUGUAUUGUCCCUAUGACUAUUUGUGGACUAAUGUAAUUUGGAAGCAAUUGCAGAAAAUAGGUAGCAUUGAUUCCUGUGGUCAAGGUGGUACUCCUUCAGUUAGCACAGUGAUGAAAAUGGUUAAUAGCCAGUUCAUGUGCUGUGUAUAUUUGAAUAAGUAAGUGGGGAUAAUUAGAGCAAGAAAGGAAACCAUGAGAUGGAGGCAAAAGGAUACAGUGCAUUACAUUCAAUAGCAGGGAGGUGCUCUGCAUUUAAGUAAACACUUUGUUUCCCUCAGAAAUUCCAUGAUACACAAUGGGUUCAACCUGUCUUAGUUUUCAGUAGCCCCAUUUGGAUUUACGCUCCUUUAUUUCUCUGCAAGCUGACGUGUAGAUAAGUUUUAUACAGUAUGCAGACUGACCUCAGUUAUGAGGAGGAAGGGAACCAAUUUCCGAUAGAUAAUUAAGAUGCAAGUGCACAACCGUGAAAUAGGAUUAAAAUCUGUACACUCUAAAAGUGGGUCUGAUUAUUGGAGACCAUAAAUGAGAGAUCACCACAUGCUUUUAACAAAAUAUUAGAAGUUUCAAAAUGGAAGUUUGCGGAGAGUGUCAGUUUAAAGAAACCUAUUGUAAGUGUGUAAAUAUAUACAUAUAUAUGUUUGUUUAAAGUCCUUGUAAUAUAUAAUCUGUGAAAAGGGAAAAUAUCUAGAUCUGGACUUUUCUGUAUUCAUUAUUUUGAGGAACAAGCAGAAGAAAUGUAAAACUGAUACUCAAAUCUCCUGUAGAUCCCUGAGGAAUUUUAUAUAGCACAUACACACCCAUAUACAUUUAAUAUUUCUUUGUUGUUUUUUGUUUAAUAAAUCAUAUUUUAAUAAAUCCCACUUUUUUACAA